AUGGAUUCGGACGACUCAGAAUUCUAUGGGAGCCCAGACGAGAGGCGGCAGCUCCAAACCCGCGUUGACAGAUUCGACGCCCAUGCCUGGGCCGAGCAACACAGCGUCUGGGGAUUCGGUUCUCCUUGCAGAAGCCCAGCGGUCGCGGCCAAGUCUACAAAGCUACACAACCCUUACGCUGGAAUUAGCUACGCGUGGCAGCUCUCUGAAACACUGGAUGAUUUCUUGUCGAGGCUACCUCCUGAAUCGACUGACGGGAGUGAGGACUUGCCCUGGAUUUUCAUAUGCAACCCAUACGUUUCGCGAAAGGAGAAGCACGAGGAAAAUGGCGGAUACAUGAAAGGGAACGAGUGCGAAGCUCCGACGGAGAAGGACAGCCACGUCGGCCUCGUGGUUGAAGGCGGAAUGGAGAGAUUGGAGCUUCUUGCAGAUUUCAGGCAAAAGUUGGAGCUGUCAGGCAGAUCGACCACAUUUUUGAAGCAAGAGCUAUUACAAGAACAGAAUCAGGCUGUGGUCGAUAUUCUCCGUCUAGCCCAAGCGGGCAAGGUUCGAAGCGGCAAGUGGAUGCUCUUUUGCUCGCCUUCCGAGGUCAACGAAAUUUGGGGCUUGGUUGCCAAAGCUACGGCACAAAACGAGCUCGGUAUAGCAGCCAAGGUAAACCCUAGGUCGCAAUUCGAUGAUUUUCGCAAAGACAGGGUCAUCUGCAUAUAUACGGCCGAUUUCCAAGACAAAUCCGACGUCGGGCGUGUCUUGCAACAGUUGAAGAGGCUCAAGCUUGUUGGGCCAGGGCUACCAACCAUGUACUACAAGCCCGGUGAGUCAACAUCGCGGGGUAACUGCAAGACGAUGCCACCGCCGCAUCAUGCUGACGACGAGUCAGAUAUAUUUACCUACAUUGGUAUUUCGCAUGGAAACCCUUGGGGACUCGCUGCUUCGAUCUACAGUUCGAAAUCAUUUCAGUAA